CCCACCCCGACACGCCGCCUUGAGAAGCACAGUUCUAACUCACUGCAGGCUCCUGAGCCUGCCUCUGCCUGCUUUCCCACCUCCCCAGUUCCCUUUCUGGCUCAGUCCAUGUUACUUUGGCCUUUGGUUUUCUUUCCAGAUUGGAGAUUCCCAAGAGGCCCUCUAAGGGAGCGAUAAUGGGUACUUCCCAAGUGGGCAGCUACAGGCCCCAUGCCUCUCAUCCCUCUCUGGCAGGGCCCCAUCCUGGGCAGAGCAGCCUGGGGCUGGGCCCAGAGUCCGGCCUUCAGCUGCUUCUUUCGCAGUUUGAAUUCAAUAAAUCUGUCCACCGCCCUUUUGUGGGGGGUGAACAUUUUAACAGCCAAAGGUGCAUCCUUCAUGGUCUGGGCUUGCGUCUGUUUUGGGGGCACGUCCUUUCCUGGUUCCUUUUGGCCCCUGCUCUGGUGAGAUGUGGAAGCAAGUGUUGAGAGGGUGGCCAAAGUCUAGGUCCUGACUGGGGUGAGGGGCAGCGGGAGCUGUCAACAUUGUCUCUAAAUAUUAUGUGGGGCUUGGGGAGGAGUCUCUGGUACACCGGAGUUGGGCUUGCUUUGGAGUUAGAAGGUUGGGGUCAUUUGGCUGGGAUUGGAGGGAGGGCACUAAUAGUCUCUGUCGGGCCAGAUCAAACAGCACUUAUCUGGGUACCAGGACUGCCAAAACCAAAAACUAAACCCGUUGCCGUCGAGUUGAUUCCGACUCAUAGUGACCCUAUACGACAGAGUAGAACUUUGCUAUACAGUUUCCAAGGAGCGUCUGGCGGAUUCAAACCGCUGACCUUUUGGUUAGCAGCUGUACCUCUUAACCACUGUGCUACCAGGGUUUCCAGGCCCGCCAAGGCUGGCUAAAGAAGGCCCUUGCAGUAGGAGGCCAGAAGGACAGAAAGAAAGGGGUGUUGGGGCAGCAACUGUGGUCCAGAUUAUAUAGCUUGGUGGGUCAGUGUUUAGUUUACCUUUAGUGCUUUACCAAACCAAAAAACCAAACUCCUUGCCGUUGAGUCACUUCCAACUCAUAUCGACCCUCUAGGACAGAGCAGAACUGCCCGAUGGGGUUUCCAAGGAGUGGCUGGUAGAUUCAUACUGUCGAGCUUUGAUGAGUAGCUGAGCUCUUAACCACCGCACCACCAGGCCUCCUUAGUGAUUUAGGAAGGAGCUUUUUAGGCCUUUCAGUGAUGGCAUCUCCAGUCUGGUGGCCACUGUUGGGGGCAGUGACAGGAGAAAGGUGAAAAUGCUGGCCCAUGAAAUUGGGGGGGAAAGAUUACACCCCCAAGAGGCUGAGGAUGAGUUGGCAAUUCCCUGUGCAGUGUCCUCUAGGUGAGGGCCAGUCAAAGGCUAAGACAGGCCUUUCUUAUCCUGGCCCUUCUGCUAUUCCACCCCUGCUUUCAGACCCAGCCCCUCCCCUCCUCACCCUCCCUCAGCGAGGCCCUCAGCCCAGUGGUUCCAGCCUGGGGAGGGCCUGAGCCUGAACAGAGCAGGCAACUCUGGGCCCCCAAACCGGUUUUCCCACCUCAGCUGGGGCUGGCACGUGACCCCUGCAGUUCCUCCUCUCCCCACCCUGGAAUGUUAGGAAGGGGGAAAGUCUAGGUCAUCUUUUGUCCCUUGCCUGUGCUGGGUGUGUUCUCUUUUAGAAAGGCAAGGCCACCAUGCAUGACUUUAGAACAAGAAUGUGGGUGAUUGUCCCCACACCGAAAGGCCUUCCACAUUUCUGGCACUUUGAUCUCCUUCAGGCCUUCAAGGCUUCAAGACUAAAUGACUGCAAAGCGCAAUUGGGGUUCACUGAGCCAUCGCCAACACCACCAAUUUGAGCCCUGGGAGAGCAAGAAGUCAAUGCAACCUAGUCUACCCCGUGACCUGCUCUGGAAUAAGUAGGUGAGAACAGUGGCCUCCUCCAACCCAGGUCCCUCACCUCAAAUGCCAGCAAGGCACAUCCCUUCCAUUUGUCUCCUGCCAAUAACCCUCGUGCUGGAACUGAAUGAUCUCAUUAAUAAUGGCAGCUGAUGUUAAUAGGACCCUCGCUGCUGUGCUAAGCAUUUUAAGUGGAUUGGAUCACAAAGCCCCCAUAAGGUAGAUAAAACCAUGAGAAAACAGGCACAGAGAGUUGCUGUAAUGUGCCCAAAGCCACACAGCUAAUCUGGUGGAAGAAAGUUUUCCACCCAAGCUGGCCCUGGAAGUGCUGCUAAAAUUCUGUACCGUUUCUUCACUGAGGGGUCCAUAUUCCUAACCCUCAUUAAGUGUAGUGCUGUUUUCAAAUGGAAAUGAUUGAUUCCAGUUGAUUCCAAGUUGAUUUGAAUCAAUUUCUAAUCCACGAAGUAUUGCCCUUGAAGGGGAGAUGAAGGUUUUGGAAGUGAGUACAAGAGCUCUUGAAGUUCUUCAACCUUUAACCAACCCCCAUUCUCCCAGUCCCCACACAAAUACAGGUCUUCUGUAAAAUACCAACACUUUUGUGGUUUGUAAAGCUCUUUUAUUACCCCAUUGGGACAAAUAGGUAAGAACCAUCCUCAUUUCACAAAGGAAGAGCAGGGUUGAGGAGUUAAGUGACCUGCCCCCGGCACUAGCUGUGUUCUCUCUGGAAGUCUGAAUGGCCUAUUAAAUACCCUACCAGGACACAGCUGGGAGGGAGGUGGCCACAGCCCUAUGAGCACAGAGCUUUGGGGAGGGACACAGCAAAGAGGCAUUAUAGCAGCCUAGCACACAGUCCAGAUUAUUAACAGCAGAUCUCGCCCCCCACCCCCCGCCACGCCCCGAAAGACAAUCAUGGGAAUGUGAAGCUGCCUUCUCUGACUGCUAAAGGGCCCAGAAGGGAGAUGUUUGCCCUGGCUGCUGCUAGCGCAGGGGUUCUUGGGGCCUUGUAGGCUUUGGCAUGUCGCAGAGCGGGCCAGUGGCUGGACAGCAGGUGGCUUGGGCAUAGAGGUGAUGCCUUCUUGGGGAGGAGGGAGAGACAAGGACCCCUAACCACCUUUUCAAAGCUGGGGCCUGGGAGGAGGUAGCGGGAGAAAAACUACAACUCCCAGAAGCCCCUGCUCCCUGGCGAGUCGGGUGGUUGCUAUGGUUUUGCAAAACAAUAUGGCCGCUCCCAGCUGGGACUCGGGUCUCUGAGUCUGGGCGAGUCUGGACGCCCGCAGCGGCUGAAGAAGAAGCGCCUGAAAGGUUGCGAGGUUAAGGCUGGCCACUGUACGGCUGGAACCCCCUGGCUUUGCCGGGGCGCCAAUGGCGGGCAGUGUGGACGAGGAAGCACUGCACCAGCUGUACCUGUGGGUAGACAACAUCCCUCUGUCCCGGCCCAAGCGAAACCUUUCCCGGGACUUCAGUGACGGAGUCCUGGUUGCGGAGAUCGUCAAGUUUUACUUUCCCAAGAUGGUGGAGAUGCACAAUUAUGUCCCGGCCAACUCUCUCCAGCAGAAGCUCAGCAACUGGGGUCACCUGAAUAGGAAAGUGCUGAAUAAGCUAAACUUCUCAGUACCGGAGGACGUGAUGCGCAAGAUCGCGCAGUGCGCCCCGGGCGUGGUGGAGCUGGUGCUCAUCCCGCUACGGCAGCGCUUGGAGGAGCGGCAGAGGCGCAGGAAGCAGGGCUUGGGCUCCUCGCAGGAGCUGGCUCCCCAGGAUGGCAGCGGCUACAUGGAUGUGGAUUUGUCCCAGAAGGCCCGAGGAGAAGGUGCCCCAGAACCACAGGGAGGAGGACCACUCAAGGGGGGCCGGCUGCCUGCGCCCAGGCCUCCGGGAUACAGCCAGGCGCUGCAGGGCGACCCAAGCUUCAUCCUUCAGAUCGCUGAGAAGGAUCAGGAGCUGUUGGCCUCGCAGGAGACGGUGCAGGUCCUGCAGAUGAAGGUGAGGCGCCUGGAGCACCUGCUCCAGCUCAAAAACGUGCGCAUCGACGACCUCUCCCGGAGGCUCCAGCAGGCGCAGCGGAAGCAGCGGUGAGCGGUCGCCAUGGGCAGCGCAGGGAUGCCGGUACCGGAGCCAAAACACCAAGACCCACCCACUCACAGGCAGACGGAUGACUGGGCAGGCGGAGCCAGUCGCUCGCACUAGCGUCCUGAGUCCGAGAGCCCACUUCCUUUGGGUGGGGUGAGGGUGGGAGGCGGCCAGACAGUAGCCUUUGGAGCCGUGCACCCGGACUGAUCCGCCUCCUUCCACUCCGUGUGGGCCAGGAGAAUAGACCGCUUUCUAGAACCCAGAAGCUGCGUGCAGAGACCUGGCACGCCCCCCAAAGCAGUGCCUGAUGACGUCGGGGACGCCACCUUGGAGCUCCCGGCACUGGGCCUUGUAAGGCGGCCCUCAGGUUCAGUCCUUAGCCCCAGAACCGGGUUCCUGCCCAGCUCCGAGGACGGCAGUGUCUCCAUCCAGUCUGGUUCUCUAUGCUCUCGGCCAUGCGGGAAGCUGCCCCUGGUAGCCAAGGGUCUCCCUCGCCCCUCCUGGGCUCUCACCUGGGGCCCAACUCGCAGCUGGAGACAUCAGAGUUUGGAGAGGAAGGGGUAAGGAGUGGGCUCAGCCAGGAGUGGGGGAGACAUGGCUGCACCUAUGCCAAUAGCCCUUCCCACCCAAUGGGUACACUUGGGAGUGUCUAGGGGAUGUGAGACCAGGAUGCCUCUAUUAAAGGUGG